CAGAAACACAUUACAUUAUAUUUUCCCCAGCGUUUAUUUCGCAUUAACUGGCAACCCUGUCAGUAGAUGGGGGAGUUGACGUGAUGGUGGACCGCGUCUAUGAUAAGCGGCUUUAAAUGGAUACAAGAGUUUGACGUUGAGGUGUUUUCAUCGCAUUGCGCGGUAUUUGGACCGGUUGCCAAGUAAUGCGUUACUAGACGCACGACACGCAUUAAAGGGCAGCAGGGACAAGGACAUUUGCCAGCUCUUUAAACAUGACAAUGUCCAUAACACAAGCUUGCCAAAGUCUUGCCCUGUCUACAUGGCUGCUGUCGUUUUGUUUCGUGCAUUUGUUGUGUUUGGACUUCACGGUGGCGGAGAAAGAGGAGUGGUACACCGCGUUUGUCAACAUUACUUACCUGGACCCUGUAACAUCUGAGAUCCGGACAGAGAAGACUGAGUGCGGGAGAUACGGGGAACAUUCUCCUAAAAAGGAUGCCAGGGGAUUUGUGUUCAUGCCUGCUCUUCUGCAGGACAGACAGGGCUGUGACAGCAAUACUAAAUUCCCCCUGUCCCAUCCCAGCAGUCCAUGGAUAGCACUCAUAGCUGGAGGAAACUGUACAUACAGAGAUAAGAUCAGACAUGCAGCCAUUCUCAAUGCAUCUGCUGUGGUCAUAUUUAAUGUGGGCUCCAAUGAAACCAUCACUAUGCCACAUCAAGGUAGCGGUGAUGUGGUGGCUAUCAUGAUCCCUGAGUCCAAAGGUCGUGAGAUCAUGGCCCUGCUAGAGAAGAACAUCACUGUGGUGAUGCACAUCAGCAUCGGGACGCGAAACCUGCAGAAGUACGUCAGUCGAACCUCCGUGGUGUUCGUCUCCAUCUCCUUUAUCGUCCUCAUGAUCAUCUCGCUGGCCUGGCUGGUCUUCUACUACAUCCAGAGGUUCAGAUACGCCAACGCACGAGACCGCAACCAGAGACGAUUGGGAGACGCUGCAAAAAAGGCCAUAAGCAAGUUGCAAGUACGGACCAUCAGGAAGGGAGACAAGGAAACCGAGUCUGACUUUGACAAUUGUGCCGUGUGUAUUGAAGACUACAAGCCUAAUGAUGUUGUGAGGACACUGCCGUGCCGCCACGUGUUUCAUAAGAACUGUGUAGACCCUUGGCUUCAAGACCACAGAACCUGCCCCAUGUGCAAAAUGAACAUCCUCAAGGCCUUGGGCAUCCAGCUCGAUACAGACUGUUAUGAUGACAUCCCUCAAGACUAUGAGUCAUUCGGUGGUCCGCCCACCAAUCCGGUGACGGGGGCCAGUGAGGUCACAGUAGGUGAGAAUUCAGUGGUCUUGGAUCCAGCUGUCAGAACAAUAGGCCUUUCACACAUGUACCAUGAGAUUGACUCCUUUCAGCAGAUGGGAGCAAGCAGUGAACAGCAGCCCUCUGUGAGUCACCAAUCAGACACUUCCCUCAUUAUGCCUGUGGAGAUGAUCCGGUCUGACGUGGACCUUCAGCCUGAAACAGAACUUGAAGACGUGAAGUCUUGAGGGGUCGCCUCCACGCGAAUAAACUCUCUGUGCCAUAAAUGGAAUGGGUCUGGAGCAAAAAAUAUUGAAAGUGAUUUAAACUUAUAUCUGACACUAUGAACUCUUGUAUUUUGCUCGGUUACCUCGUGUUGAUGGAAAAGCCUGUCCCUAUUUGUAUGUUUGUAUUAUGGAAAUUUUGACGGUUUCAGCUUCCCUAUGGGACCACUGCUGAAAUACACAGGAUAUUUUACGAUAUACAGAGACCUAACGCAUAGAUUUAUGCGGCCAACUACGUGUGCUUUAAAUGGAAUGUUUGAACCAACGCUGGGUUAAAAAUAACAACAAACCUCAGCAUUGGUCUGGGCGGUAGAGUCUGUUAUGUGUUAUGUGAACUAGAACCAGCUUUUGUGAAAGUCUAGUUUAUAAUAGUGUUGUCUCUCGGGUAGCGGAGAGCGGUGCCAGUUUUUUCAACAGUUGACCUGAGUAGCUAGAAAUAACUGUGAUUGAAGUCAUUGUGAACUAUGUAGUACUGAAUUGUGGAGUUAAACCGUAAAAAUUUUUUCCACAUUUCCGUGUUCAGGAUUAUUUGGGCGGGACUAAGACGGUGGCUCGAUGAUGCACUGAAGCCAUCGAGCAUGGCCCCGCCCCUAACACCAUCGCAAGCAUCUACUCAGAUUGUAGCGGUAUUUGAAAGUUGAGAGAGAUGGCAGCUUUCCCGCAGUGGGCGUGGUUUCAGAGUUGCCAAUGGACACGCCCCCAGCGUUAGAGUGCUGAGAAUGUUGUCUAUUUUUCCUAGAUUUUGAUAACUCGGAAAUAAAUAUUUUUGCGUUAAAGGUACAAUUUGUAAGAUAUUUGCAGUAAAAUAUCCAAAAACCACUAGUCCGGUGUUAUAUAUUUUGUCCAGCUGAUUACUAACAAUAUCUAUAAUGUUUUUAACUACUUGUAAAUUAUGAGAAAAUUGCUGCCCUAAACAGUGACACGUGGCAGUCGCCUGUAAAUGACGUUAAUAUCUACGUUACUCUUUGUUACCGCCUUUACUGACGUAAAAACCACAUGACAACAGUGUCGUGGACAAAUGCGGAAGUAAUAGCGUCUGUCGGGCCACUAGCUUUUUUAU